CACUAGCCCCCUCCCAGCUCCUGCUCCCACACCUGACCCCCUGCCACCCCCUCAUCCUAUACCUCUAGGACUUUUUGUCCACUCACAUCAUCUCCCCAGCACCAAAACCAAGUUUUAGCCCUCAGCCUCCUGUCCUCUUCAGAGCACUCUUCUUCAUCUGCUGGCUGAACGCCAGGCCUCAUGGCUACAGGAGGUCAUGCCCCUGAGAUAGAUGUGUUGAUCAACCUACAGCAGGUGAAGGUGGAGGAAGAAGAUGAGGGAGGAUCUCCUGAGGAAAAGGAGGCAGAAGAGGAGGAAGAGGAGGAGGAGGAGGAGGAUUUGGAGAAAGCACUGUCUGUGGCACGCUUUGGGGACAUUAUCAGUGAUUCUGGACCUACCAGUGCAGACCGGAUGGGCCGACACUACACGGAGAAAGACUUUGAAUAUCACAGACACACGUUUCACCACACGCACCACCCCCUGUCCACCCACCUGCCCCUGCCCCAGCGCUUGCGCAAGAGGGUGCACAGCUCGGACAGGAGGCGCAAAAAGAAAAGGAAGAAAAAAAAGACCUCGCUGCCGCCCUCCAACGUCACACCCACUAUCCACGAGGUAGACGAAGAAGAGGUGGAGUCUGAUACGGAUGCACUCGGGGCGUCUGCCACACCCACGGAGCCACCUGACGUCCAACCACAGUUUAGUUUGGGGAGCCAAGAGGACUUGGAAGAGCCCCUUCCACUCGCUGCCUUCCACACGGAAAAUGAAGACCAGUCGAGUCCGAGGAAGGCUGCGCUGAUAAAGGGGGAUGCUCAGAAUGGGGGCGUCGCAGAAUGGGGGUGUCGCGAGAAUGAGAAGGUGGAUGUGGAGGAAGCAGACUGCAGUGUUUCGCCGGGAUCGGAUCCCUCAGGCUCAACCGCAGCCUGCGGCUGGUUCCGUAGGAAGCCCGUCCACCACCGUCUGGCGGGCAGCACCCAGAGGAGCAACUAUGACCUGCGGGAGCGGAUCUGCAUCGGCAGCAUGACUGCUCUGGAGAUGGCCAUCUAUCAGCAGGUGCCCACUGAUGAGGCCGAGGCCCAGAUGCUGGCCAGUGCUGAUCUGGAUGACAUGAAAAGUCACAGAUUCGAGGACAACCCCGGGGUGAGACGCCACCUGGUGAAGAAGUCAUCGAGAUGUCAGCUGACCCGGGCCAACAGCACCGUGCCGCUAUCCAGUCUGAAGAAGAGGAAGAGAGCUGCCGAAAAGAAAACACACGAGUUGUUCGUGGAGCUGAACGAGCUGAUUGUGGACAAGGAUCAUGAGAUGCGUUGGAAGGAGCGCGCUCGCUGGAUCAAGUUUGAGGAGGAUGUGGAGGAGGAGACUGACCGCUGGGGCAAACCUCAUGUGGCCUCGCUAUCCUUCCGCAGCCUGCUGGAGCUUCGGCGCACCAUCACACACGGUGCCGUCCUGCUGGACCUCGAGCAGAACUCUCUGCCUGGCAUCGCUCACCUGGUGGUGGAGACGAUGAUCAUCUCUGAUCAGAUCAGAGCGGAGGACAGACCCGGCGUUCUGCGGGCUCUGCUGCUCAAACACAGCCACCCGAGUGAUUUCAAACACCGCUUCCACCGCCACCACUCGUCCAGCAGUCUUCACGGCAGCUUCACUCACAACCACGUCCAUGACACCAGUCUGCCACUGGUGGCCGAAGAGCCCGAUGAACACCAAGAUAACAAAGGGCCCCAGUACGAUCCCAAACAAGACGUGUUUGUCAGCCUGUUUAAAUCCCUCCACCCUCUGCCUCCUGAGAGCAAUCCAGCUGCAGCCAGAUCCCUGAAACUGCUCGCCAAGAUUCCCAAAGAUGCCGAAGCUGUCAUCGUUUUGGUUGGCUGUGUUGAGUUUCUGGAGCAGCCAGCCAUGGCCUUUGUCAGGCUGAACGAAGCUGUGCUGCUGGAGUCGGUGCUGGAGGUCCCUGUCCCCGUUCGCUUCCUUUUUGUCUUACUCGGUCCCAGUCAGGCCAGCAUGGACUACCACGAGAUCGGCCGUUCCUUCUCCACUCUAAUGUCUGACAAGAACUUCCACGAGGUGGCGUACUUUGCGGACGACCGGCAGGACCUCCUGAACGGUAUCAACGAGUUUCUGGACUACAGCAUAGUCAUCCCGCCCUCGGACAUCGAGGGGAAGGACCUCCUGAAAACCGUGGCCGACUUCCAGAAGCAGAUGCUGCGCAAGAGGAGAGACCGAGAGCUCAAGAAGCAGCACUCGUCGUGCGGAAUGGUGCAAGACAACAAAGAGGUGAGUCCAGAGGAGGAGGCGGACGAAGACCAGGAGGUGGACCCGCUGAAGCGCUCCGGGAUCCCGUUCGGAGGCCUGAUCCACGACAUCCACCGCCGCUACCCACAUUACGUCAGUGAUUUAAAAGAUGCCGUGGACAUGCAGUGCGUUGCUGCCGUCAUCUUCAUCUACUUCGCGGCCCUGUCACCCACCAUAACCUUUGGCGGCUUGCUGGGAGAGAAAACGGAGGGAAUGAUGGGAGUGACUGAGCUCAUCGUUUCGACUGCCACUCUUGGAGUUAUAUUCUCGCUGCUUGCUGGUCAGCCACUCCUCAUCAUUGGCUUCUCAGGACCUUUACUGGUGUUUGAAGAAGCCUACUACAAGUUCUGUCAGGCUCAAAACUUUGAGUAUCUGACUGGUCGGGUGUGGAUCGGUUUCUGGCUCAUCAUCAUUGUCCUAGUGAUCGUGGCAGCAGAGGGCAGCUUCCUUGUCCGCUACAUCUCACCCUUCACCCAAGAGAUCUUCGCUUUCCUCAUCUCCCUCAUCUUCAUCUACGAGACCUUCUCCAAGCUCAUCAAGGUGUUUAGGGAGCAUCCGCUGUUGACAAUGUACCCCACCGAGUUCACUCCAGCUACUGGGCUCCAAGAAUUGGAUGGCCCAAUCUUCAACCAGCCCAACACAGCUCUUCUCUCGCUGGUUCUUAUGAUGGGUACUUUCUUUGUCGCUUUCUUCCUCAGGAAGUUCAGAAACAGUCGAUUCUUGGGUGGCAAGGCCAGAAGAAUUAUUGGUGACUUUGGAAUCCCUAUCUCAAUUUUGGUUUCAGUUUUGCUGGAUUACUCCAUUACUGAUACUUACACACAGAAACUCAAUGUGCCGUCGGGCUUCUCAGUCACGUCCCCUGACAAGAGAGGUUGGUUCAUCAGUCCGUUUGGUGAUAAACAGCCUUUUCCAACCUGGAUGAUGGGAGCAAGUAUUGUACCUGCACUCCUCGUCUUCAUCCUCAUCUUUAUGGAAACUCAGAUCACUUCUUUGAUAGUCAGUAAGAAGGAACGCCGGCUGGUUAAAGGCUCAGGUUUCCACUUGGAUCUGCUGCUUAUCGUCAUCCUGGGUGCCAUCUGUCCCCUCUUCGGCCUGCCGUGGCUCACCGCGGCCACCGUUCGCUCAGUCACUCACGUCAACGCGCUCACGGUCAUGAGCAAGGCCACGGCACCUGGUGAAAAACCCAUGAUCCAGGAGGUGAAAGAGCAGAGGCUGACGGGGCUCCUCGUGUCCGUGCUUGUUGGUAUGUCCAUGGUGAUGACCGAUGUGCUCCGCCUCAUCCCCUUGGCUGUGCUCUUUGGUAUCUUCCUGUACAUGGGCGUCACAUCUCUGACUGGCAUCCAGCUGUAUGAGCGCAUCACUCUUAUGGUCACGCCGGCCAAGCAUCACCCCGACCACAUCUACGUCACUAAGGUGAAGACAUGGCGGAUGAACAUGUUCACCAUCAUCCAGCUGGCGUGCAUCGUGGCUCUGUGGGUAGUGAAGUCCACCGUGGCCUCCCUGGCGUUCCCCUUUGUCCUCAUCAUGACGGUGCCGCUGCGGCGCCUCGUCCUCUCCAGGAUCUUUCAGGAGCGUGAGCUCCAGGCGCUCGACUGUGACGAGGAUUCUCCCAACUUCGACGAGGACGGCCGGGAUGAGUACAACGAGAUCCACAUGCUUGUAUGAAUUUCAAAUGGAUGCAACAAGCGGGCGCUCUCCAUGCCCGAGCUUUGACCAGAGAGAACAGUGCAGUUACCAAAAUGGUGUUUGUAACAUAGAUGAAAUAGUUUAUUCCACUCUGACUACACCUGAUGUUAGAUGUAGGUGGCCGCGUUGAGUUAGCCUCUGAAGUGAAAGAUGGGAAAACACCAAACUCACACAAACACUUAAUCCCACUUUGUGUCCUGUCUAUCCCUUUAACUUACUGUGCAGGUUCUGGGCAUAUGUGCAAUGAUGAUGGUGACCUUUGACUGAAAGUGGGAUACGUAGUCAGUUUCCUCACUUAUCGUCAAUUCCACUGCCACUGCUACUGAACAAGAAGUUCAAUAUUUCUGUAUGUACAGACAUUGCGUAAUAAGCACUUUGGCUUUCAUUUCAUCUCUAGAGGUCUCGUCGUUCUCUCUGUGUUCCGUGUCGGCAGAGAGUUGUGAGUGCACGUUCUGGCCUGCAGGUCCAUUCAUAAUAACAUGAGGCUCGGCGCCAGUUUUGCAUUCUACAAACGGACAUCUGAUACGUACAGAGUUCAGGUUGCUCUUUUAUGCUUGGAUGACAACAUUUUUCGUCAAGUGGACCACAGUGGAUUGGCAGAUACUUGUCUCCUCCUGAGAGCAGAACCUCUUUGUUACUCUCUUUGAGACUUUGUUAGGUGUUAGAUUCCCAACAUACCAGUCCACUGCCCUUAAUAGUAUGACCUUGGAUGUAAAACUACAUAGCGAACCUUAUUUUUCUACUCUGUCCUACAAUAUUUAUUUCACGCCUAUUACACUAAACGCCGCUGCACCGAAUCCUCAGCAAUGUUUAGACUACGGAUCACUGAACGGGAUAAUUCCGGUGUUCUGAUGUGUGUGUGUGUGUGUGUGUGUCAGGUAUUGAUUGACCCACCCCAAAGGCGGACACUUGCUCUCACUGAUGAGACAACUGUCAGUCAGAGACAGAAGGAGAAUUGGGUGUUAUCUGAAGUCAAAAUUCUGACUUUAAUCUUUGAAUUUAAUCCUGUUUUCAAUCUACAAUUUCUUUAGAAUACUACUCAAUCUGUAAACUGCUCACUCUCCUGCACCAAAGAGCCUAUAGAGAAUCAGCUAUUUAGGUAUAUGAAUCCACUGCUGCCGUCUUCAGUAAGUUCAAAGACAUCAUCUUGUGACUUCUGUUUUUCAAAUCCUUUGUUCACAUUUACCGAUUAGCGAUUCCUGUGUCCCCCACGAGCAAAAAAUGCUAGUUUUAGCGCGAGUGAGUGUCCGGCUCUGGACAAGUCCUCAGAACUAUCCCUUUUAAAGAUGCAGUGUGUGGAAUUUAGUGGGGUCUAUCAAUUGAAAAUUAAUAAAUAAGUAAAUAAACAUAUUUAUUUAGUGUCCGAACAUGCCUUUAUAUUACUCUAAAGUGACCCCUAGGUGUCACUAAAUACUACACACUGGUCAUUUUUUUAGCUCAAAGUGUAUUAAGCUCAAAUAGAAAAUAUGUGCUAAUUUGUGCAUUCUUUGGUCUUUUCUGCGAGACGUUUCUCUGUGAUGUGCGCAUUUCAGAAUAACACAGUUCACAGGAAAAGCAUAGAAACUAAGCAAACAUAGACAUACUAAAAUUGCUGGGGAACAGUUGAGUGUUGGCAGAAUGUAUGAAUGACGCAUUGUACAGUGAGACUGUGAACUUGGAAUUAUAAUGUACCAUCUG